AUGGGCUCUACACGCGUCCUGCCCGAGAGGCACAACCCGCUGCUGGCGCCGCUCGAUUCUGCUGGAAUUGAAAAUCUCAUCGAGAGGCGCCGACUGGGCCAGACAUACCUCGUGGUCAAGACUGGCAUCGCCGGCGUCACCAACGCGACAAAGGCGGACAACAUGGGCUCCUUUGACUACGCGCAUCUCAGGGUUCCACUCCCCAAGGACCUGACCGGAUCGGGCAUCUUCAAGCUCAACAGGAACACGGCAUUCCCAGAGUCGUAUUUCCUGAUGCGACGCAGCAGCGACGGACUUGUCAGCUCAACGGGCAUGUUCAAGGCGGCCUUCCCAUGGGCGUCCUUCGCUGAAGAGGAGGUCGAGCGCAAAUACCACAAGACCUUCCCCGGAGCGGAUCCGGAAGAGAUUGCUGGUAGCGUCUGGAUCUCGCCAGAAGAGGCACUCGCUUUGGCUGAAGAGUACUCGAUGUCGCAAUGGGUUGAAGCUCUGCUCCACCCCGCCCCCAUAGAGAAGGGAAACAAAGACAAGAAGGACCUCCCAAUCCAAGCACCACCCGUGUUCGACUUUGAAAGUGCUCGUCCCGCUCUGCUUCCACCCCAAUCAGACAUCUACACAGGCCCGGCAAGAUCCACCCGCUCCGCCUCACCCAGCAAGAUGGCAACCCCAAGGCGACGCAUUGCCACACCGCGCAAGGCGCGGGCAACCAGGAACGGCACCAAGUCUGACAUCCUGAAGGCCGAGGAACUAUUCGGAUCCGUAGCGUCGACACCCGGAAGCGCGCUGCAGAGGGAAAUCCUGAACGGCGCAACACCGCUGAAGGCUACGAAUGGCCAUGCCGACGAAACCGACGACGACGAGAUCAAGGCCGGGAACGUGCGCAUCCAGGUAGAAGAGACAGUCGAGACAAGGGGCAACGUGGAGACGACGACAACCAACGUCAAGGUCGACGUCCCACACGACCACCCCGCGCUCCCCGAGCCAGAAGACCCCUCCAAGAUGAUCGAGGAGGCAAAACGCAUGGUACAAGAAGCGCAGAAGCUGGACGGCACAUCCUCAGCCAUGACGACAAAGCGCAAGGUCGAGGAGAUGAUCGAGGAAGAAGAGAUGAUAGCCGAACGCCCCGCCAAGCUGGCCAAAAUGUACACGACGGAGCAGAAGCUGAUCAAGGAGAAAGUCACACGGAGGGCGAUGGUCGGUGUCGCUGUCAUGGGCGCUAUUGUUGGCGCAUUCCAAUACUUCAUCUAG